AUGUUGAUCCUUUGUGCAGUAUAUUCACCCUGGCUAAGACUUAGCCAGUUCCCAGCACUGAGGACACUGGACCCCUUCCUGCAGCUGUCCUCUUGGGGCGCUGUGCCUUCUGGCUCCUGUAGGCCAGAGGUUAUGGGGGGGCAGCUUCCCUGGCCUGGGCAGUGGUUUCCCAUGCUCCCUGGGGCUGUCCGAGGUGAAGGUGACAGGUGGGGGAGGCAGGUGGAGAAUUGAGCCGGUGAGCUCAUGACAAAGGCGCAGUGGGCGGGGGUGGGUGCUCUGGCCUAUAAAGACCGUGCCCUGUGGCUUGCCGAGGCAGUCAUGGAGGGCACCAUGGAGGGUCCCGAGGCAGUGCAGAGAGCCACAGAGCUCAUUGAGCAGCGGCUUGCCCAGGAGGAAGAAACUGAGAAACUUCGAAGAGCCGCUCCUGGGAAGCUGUCCAUGGACAUGCUGGUACUAGAGGAGGAGAAGCGCCUUGGGAUGCAGAGUCCCGCUUUACAAAAGGUGAAGGGCCAAGAGCGCGUGCGCAAGACAUCCCUGGACCUGCGGCGUGAGAUCAUUGAUGUGGGUGGGAUCCAGAACCUCAUAGAACUGAGGAAGAAACGCAAGCAGAAGAAGCGAGAAGCGCUGGCUGCGGCCCAGGAGCCACCUCCAGAGCCGGAGGAGAUCACUGGCCCCGUGGACGAGGAAACAUUCCUGAAAGCUGCCGUGGAGGGGAGGAUGAAAGUCAUUGACAAGUACCUGGCAGAUGGAGGUUCAGCAGACACCUGUGAUGAGUUCCGACGGACAGCACUGCAUCGUGCCUCCCUGGAGGGCCACAUGGAGAUAUUGGAGAAACUUCUGGAGAGUGGGGCCACCGUGGACUUCCAGGAUCGGCUGGACUGCACAGCCAUGCACUGGGCCUGCCGUGGAGGCCACCUGGAGGUGGUCAGACUCCUGCAAAGCCGAGGAGCCAACACCAACGUGAGAGACAAGCUACUGAGCACUCCCCUGCAUGUGGCUGUCCGUACUGGACACGUGGAGAUUGUGGAACACUUUCUUUCUCUGGGCCUGGAUAUCAAUGCCAAAGACAGGGAAGGGGACAGUGCCCUGCAUGAUGCUGUGAGACUCAACCGUUACAAAAUCAUCAAACUGCUGCUCUUGCACGGGGCUGACAUGAUGGCUAAGAACCUGGCAGGAAAGACCCCCACGGACCUGGUCCAGCUAUGGCAAGCAGACACCCGGCAUGCCCUGGAGCAUCCUGAGCCAGAAUCAGAACAGAAUGGACUAGAGAGGCCUGGGAGUGGGCGUGAGACCCCCCAGCCAGUACCAGCCCAGUAAAUACCUACCCCCAGAUGGGCAAUAGUUCCCUACUAUGAGUUAGCUGCCUGCAGCCAGCCUGGGAGAAACAGGCGCAGAUUCAACAGAAUAAAGUGCUGUCUUUGCU